UCGUCUGCAAAAGCGCAGCUGAUCCCCGGGACACGAGACUGCACGCAGGGGCGCCGAUCCCGGUGCCCCGCCGGAAACGGACCCCGCAUGGCGCUGUGCUGCUCAGGACCGUCUCUGAGAAACUGCUUCUUGUUUUCAGACAUAUCGCCUGCCGAGCUAGAUGCCCUAUGGAGGGAGCCACCGUACACCCUGGCUGGAGCCAAUGAGCUCUUCCCAGGAAAUGACAUCAUGACUACAGGCGAGGAGGACCCCGCACCAGAGCAGGAAGUGGAGCCAGACCCGGACUCCGGCAGUUACUGGAGAGAGAAGGAGGCGUUCAGCAGGGGGAGCACUGUAUCUCUGGCGGUGGGGGAGAGGUUCUCGUCAGAUGUGCUGCUGGUGUUCAGCGGGAGGCGGCGGUCCAGCGCAGAGCCGGACAGUGACCUGCAGGAGGCGCUACGCACACGACUGAGGGUGGUGGAGAGCAACAGCCAAGAUGUCAUUCAGCUCUUCAAGGACCUGUCUGCGCGUCUGUUGUCAGUGCACGCUGAGAAGGACUGCUUCGUCAUCACGUUCAAGACAGUCGAGGAGAUCUGGAAGUUCUCCACCUACCUGGCUUUAGGUUAUGUGGCACGGUGCCUGGAGAACUUCCUCUGUGACCAGGCCUUCUGGCUGGACUCGGCCCGUCUGAGUGAUGUGGAGAUAUGUGUGACGGUGGAUGAAGAGCACCUGGCCACGCUCUACCUGGGGCUCCUCCUGCAGGAAGGGUCCUUCUUUGCAAAGGCUCUGUCCAACAGUGAGCCCUCAGAGGAUGAGGACCUGGCGUACAGGAAGAACGACCUGGUCAUGGUGAGGGACAUUGGGCAGGACACCAUGUGGGAGGGCACGCUGCUGGCUACUGGUCAGCAUGGCCUGGUGCCAGUGCACUCCAUGCAGCCCCUGCCCUACCCUUUCUACCAGUGGUUUCUCAGGAAAUACCCAGGAAGUGCUGCAGGCUCCCCAGCUACUAAAGGGCAGUUGUAUCAUCCUAUUGUGGUGGGUACCUGUGUAGCAGCAGUGGACCACAACCCUACAGGGCAAGAUGAACUCCAAUUCAGCCAGGGGGACCUGAUUGAGGUGGUGGGCUUCCUGUUCGCCAGCCUGGACAUGUUCAUAGGAAAGCACUUCUCCAGUGGCCAGACAGGAUUUGUCCAGAAGAUUCAUGUGAAGCCGGAGAACAUCAGACCACUAGACGGACAAUUGGUCUUUCUCAGCGAGGAAGAGAAGGCGACACUGUCUCAGUUUAACCCCUGCGCCGAACAGUACUACACUGGCCUCUUGAACAAGCUCUCCACCACUGACAUCAGCACUGUGUAUAGAUUAGAUAGAUUGGACAAAUCGGACUUCGCUUACGUCAAAAAUCAACCAAAGCAAGAGCAUAAGCCCCCAGUCAGCGCCCGCCAGAGCAUGAUAUCGGAGAAAAGUGACACGCCCCCAUACCAUUCAUCACCACGGCCAUCCGUCUAUGCCUCCCAGAGUCACCUGGAGAGGGACAAUGAGGCCCUCUCCUUCACCCUGGAUGACACCUUCAAAGAGAUGGAUGAAUUUGAGGAGGACCCUCCGCACUUCUUGGAUGAGAGCAGCUGGGAGGCCGAGGAGGCUGAGCUUUAUGACCCCACCCUCACCCUCCUCAACCAGGACCAGUUCCAAGAGUCCUUCCGGGCACUGUACGACCUCUCCUACUCCUUCCUGGACACCACCUUCAGCGGGUUCCUAGAGGAAGAGCUGCUCCAGCACCUGGAGAGCGUGAGGGAAAGUGCAAAGAAAAACAGGAUGUGCUGGGCCCACAGGCGGGUGUGCUUCCUACUGGGCCGGCUCUGUGCCAAAAAGAGCAAGUACUCCCAGGCCAGAGUGUACUUCGAGGAGGCCCUGGGCGUACCGGUGGACGGCUUUGCCGAUCUCCUCCUCCUGAUCGCCCUCUACACCAACCUCACGGCCAUCUACCUGAAGCAGAGGCUGACUGAGAAGCUCCACCUCACGCUGGAGAAGGCCAGCGCGUUGCUGCUCUGCCUGCCCCAGCACGACUUCUGCUCCGUCGACGAGUUCGAGGUCCUGAAGCUUGUCCUCCGCAGGGCCAUCGUGGAGAGCGACAAGCACCUGGAGGCUCGGACCUGCUUUCUCAUCGUGGACCUUUUCUUGCAGCUGAGGAAGAUGGAGGAUGCCCUGCCGUUUGUGGAGAGGCUGCAGUUCCUCACCAUCAGCCUCUCCGAGGAGGCAGAGAGGUCCAUCGUCCCGGUGGAUCUGAACUGGAUGCUGAGCAGGCUCUACCAUAAGAAAUACUUACCCUACCUCACUUUGGCAGCACUGAGCUUGGACUCAGGGCAGGGCAGGACCUUGCAGGAUGCUUUCCAGAAGAUCGAGCUCUUCAUUAAGAACUCCGUUAGGCUCAACCCGCAGUGGAGAGAGGGCACCACGCUGCUCCCGGCGCAGAUCGUGGUGUACCUCCAGCAAGCCCUGUCCAUUGCUAGCCAGGGGGACGACAUGAAGACCCAGAGGGACUUGUGCCUGAGCCUGGCUAGCGUGUACCAGCAGCAUGGCGCGCUGGAUAAGGCCGUCCAGUGCGCCCAGCGGGCCAUGCAGACCGGGGGCCACAUCAGCGAGGAGGAGGGUUUCGAGGCCUCUGUGCUGCUGGCCUGGCUGCUGGUGCUGACGGGGGAGCCGGAGGGAGCCUCCGUCACCCUGAGGCCCCUACUGCAGUCUCUCCACGAGACGGACAGCCCCACCCAGAGGGGCGUGGUCUACAACCUGCUGGCUCUGUGCCUCAGGAAAGAGGGGCGGGUCCCGGAGGCCGCCCGCCACUUCUACUGCGCGCUGCAGAUCUCCCGCGAGAACGGGAACAAGCGCAACGAGGCGCUGGCCCUGGCCAACCUGGGCUGCCUGGCGCUGUCCGUCGGGGCCCCAGCGCUGGCGGAGCGCUUUCUCCACCGGUCCCUGCGGCUCUUCCUGGAGCUGUCGGAGAGCCCCACGGACGGCGAGCACGCGCAGGCCUUCCUCUGGCUGGGGAGGAGCUACAGAGACAGGGGGAUGACCCAGAACGUGAGGGUGUGCUACGAGAUGGGGCUGCUGAUCGCCAUCAGUGCCAAGAACCUUCACAGUCAGAUGGUGGUGGCUAAAGCACUGAGUCGUUUGUAUGCAGACUUGCUGUUGUAUGGACAGUGUAUUAUCUACUACGAACACUGUGUGGCACUAUCACGGGAGCUCAAGGACAAGAGACUAGAGGGAGAAUACCUGGAGAUCCUCAGUAGUCUGUAUCUCUCAUUAAACACAGAGAAGUCUUCAAGGAAGUCACUGGACUACACCAAGCAAAGUCUUCGGAUCUCCAUUGAUCUGGGGAAAAGAGAGGAGGAAUCGCAGACAUGGCUUCAGGUGGGAAGAAUCUAUUACCUGAUCCAGGAGGAUGAGCUGGCUGACAUGUACCUUCAGGCGGCAGUAAAAACAGCCCUUAGAGUCAAUGAUCCACACUUUGCCAUGAACAUUUACGAGGAGGCUGGGGACGUCUUCUAUAAAGGACACAGAAAACGCUUAUCUGCUCUGCCAUUCUAUAGGGACGGGAGUCUGCCCUUUGCUAGAAGUAUCAAGGAUGUCCAGUCAGAAUUUCGGCUUUUGAGUAAGAUCACUGAGCUGUUGAUGAACCUGGAGCAGUAUGAGGAGGCCCUGCAGUAUGCCAUUCUCGCUGUGCAGAUCAGCACAGCUACCGGUGUGCGCCUGAAAGAGAGGGCAGCUUUCCACCGCCUGGCCACAGUGUACUUCUCCCUCCAGCAAUUUGAGAUGGCUGAGAACUACUACUUAAAGUCCCUGUCACUCAGCCGUGCUGUCCUGGAGCAUAGCAGAGAGGCCCGAUACUUUGUGAAAGUGUACUGCAGACUGGGAGAUUUGACGCUACACAAAUUAAAGGAUGCCUUUGAUGCAGUGGGUUACUUCCAGCUGGCUCUGGCUGCAGCCCUGGAGGACCGGGAGAACCUGAGGGCGCUCUACGUGGUGUACAUGAAGCUGGCGGAGAUCCACGCCAACCACAUGCCUGACGCAGAACUGAGUCAGGCCUACAGGGACAGCGCUCAGGCCCUGAGGAACGAACUGGCAGGAGACACAGGCACAGGCACCACGGCGUAGCCGUGAGAGGGGAAAGGGGAAAGGGGAGGGCCCGGAGCGCUGCCCAAAAACACGUGACCAGGGAGAGGGAGCACGUGUCAGGAACACAGCUCUGUCUCCUCUCGAACUCAGCCCCCUUCACGUGCCUUGAGGUGUAUACUCAAGACUCUUUUCUUUAGCCCUCAUUUUUUCUUCAGAAUGCAGUUUACCUGACACUGGAACAUCGCAUUGACAUUUAUCUGCAUGGCAAUCAUACCUUUACUCCCUUCUCCCAAUGACGAUUUUGACAGAGGGGAGAGACAAUAACAUGAGUGUUUGCUGAUAGACAGAGCCAUGCUUUUGAAUCAAUAUUAAGUAAAAUGUGUUAAGCUUCAAUUUCUUUCUAUUUAUUUCAGAGAUUACAGACCAUGUUGUGUGUCCUUUGUAAAUAAGACAUUCUCUCACUAUGCAAAUAAUUCCAACUUCAGUAUACACUUCAGUUUUUGUUCUUAUUUAAGUUAUUUGUAAAUGCUUGAUUUUUUAAUCAAUUUUUUUUUUUGUCUUACACGUUUGCACUCACUGGAGGGUAUCUGCACUUUUCUGAGACGUAUUGUAACAGUUUUACUGAGACAUAGUGCAACAUUGCUGCUCUUGAUUUGAGAUACUGAUUGUGUGUGUUUAUCUGUGCCAUUAUUGCACACCAAUUUAUAUGCUUGGCUAUUGCUUGUGAAUGCACCCUGCUGAUGUGAAGUGACUAGCGUUCCUGUGACCUGGGCCUUUACAAGAGCAAACAGCAUCGAGUGUUCACAUCCUCAGGAGUCAUUAGAGGGAGGUUUGCUACACAUAGGGACGGCUGAAAACAUGCUUUUAAACUCUGUUUUUGAAUGUUUUAUAUGCUUUCCAGUCUCCACAUAAGCAUAGCCCAUUAGCAGCUAUUGCCUUUUUACUUCAUUUUGUGAGUAAUAUCUUGA